GCCGGCGGGCCGGCCAUGUCCGCGGUCCCCGCUCCCCCGGCGCCGGUGGAGACGGACCACCCCCCCGCAACCCCCGCCUCCCACCGGGGCGGCCGGCGCGAGGCCCCGCCCUCGCCUUCCCCGCCACCAGGUGGUCCCGCCCCUGCGGCCGGGGCGGCGCUCGAACCUCGCUCCGACCGGCGGCGGCACCCAGCGCACCGGGCAGCAGGGCGGGCCGGCGGCAUGAGCGCCGGUGGGGAGGGGGCAGGUGAGGGGCGCGGGGUCGCCGCCCCGGGAGGACCGUUCCCCCGGGGGGGGCUGCGCUCGGCGGGGAGCAGCCCCGUACCCAGCCCCGGGUCCCCGGUGCCCGAGGAGCCGUUGCAGAAACGACAGAGAACCGUCGAGGAUUUCAACCAGUUCUGCACCUUUGUUUUGGCCUAUGCAGGCUACAUUCCCUACCCUGAAGAGAAUGAGCCCUGGACCCACGGAGGCAGCAUGAGUCCCCAGAACAGCACAGGGAGCACUCAGGACAGCGAUAGCUGGGCCUCGUCCCACUCCUCCGACUGCCACGUGCUGGUGGAUGACAGGAGGAGCAGGAGCGCCAUGGCCAGGGGGGCUGUGGACAACAGCCUGCUCGUGAGCUGCCCUGCCUUCCCCACCGGCUUCUAUGAUGUCCGGCCCCAGCAAACCAAACGGAAGAAACCACCAGCAAAGAAACUCAUUUUGGAUCAGGAGGUGGAGAAGAAGGUGCCGCUAAGCAUUGGGAAGGGCUUUGGGGCAGAGCAGGACGGGGUGAAGGAGCUGGCUGUGCUGGAGGGACAGGUGCCUCCUGUGAAGGAGCAGCUCUUGGAGCCUUCCCUCGACCCAGCUGGGGACUCCCAGCCCAACUCCCUCCUGGAGCAGCUGAUGAAGGAGGAGAAGGACUGCAUGCACGGAGCACAGGGGACCGAGAAGCCAGCAGGAGAUGAUCCUCAGCUAAAGGAGCACGACCUCUGCUCUGGAGGGAGGAAAAGCCCCAGUUCUUCUAGUACCUUGGACCAAAGCGAAGGGGAAGAUGCAAGCAGAGGGAGCUCCCAGCUUAGUGCAGUCGAAUUUGCGGCAGCUCCCAACACCAAAGCAGAAGAUGAUGAUGCCUGGGAUCUGAUCACCUGCUUCUGCCUGAAGCCCUUUGCAGGGAGGCCCAUGAUCGAAUGUAACGAAUGCGCUACCUGGAUCCACCUCUCUUGUGCCAAGAUCCGCAAAUCCAAUGUGCCUGAGGUUUUCAUCUGCCAGCGAUGCCGCGAUGCCAAGCAGGAGAUUCGCCGCUCGAACCGAGCUCGGACGGUGCCCCGCAAGCGCUUCUGUGACUGAAGCUCCCCCAGAGCAGGGUGGCCGGGGGUCCACUUUUUAAACUGAAGACUGUCGCCCGGUUUGGCUAGACAAUCAAUGCACAGUAAUGGCAGGGGAGAGGCUGGGCUGUCCCCCUUGCACUUCUGACUCCUGGAAGCUGCCAUGCGUGUCCUCCCUGGGGAUCGCGUUGACCACAGAGCUCAGUUGCCCCAGAGGUGUGGGGGGAGAGGAGGGUGGUCCAGCUGCGCACUAGGUCACUUGGAAACGUCUCUGUCCUCGCACGAAGCUGGCUCAGUGCCUUUCCCCCCCGGCAGCCGAGGAGAACCUAGUCCAAGUAGUUUUUCUGUGGUGUGGUGGAAGCUUACAGUUAUCCCAAGGUGUGACUCCCCUUCCUCCUUUUUCCUCACCAUUUUCCUUUCCUUGCCUCGGAUCUUCAGGUGGGCUGCGAUGGCAAAGCCCCGGUGACCCAAGUUCUCAUCCAGCAAGUAGGUGCAGCCCAGGGUGAGCUCCUUCCACAUGGUGUGCUGCUUGCCAGGGCAGGAGGGGAAGGGACAUGGGUUCUGCUGACACCUGAAGCAGACUGGGGCUCCUCAUCUUGGGGGUGUUGGUGGAGCCGUCCAUCUCUGGAUCAUUGGCCUUGUAGGCUGCACAGGGGAGGUCCUUCCCCUGGCCCAUGGUGCUUCUGGUUUCAUUUGCUGUGCCUGUAGCCCCACGAUACUCCUGUUGGGUCAGGAGCAGCAAGGCAUCAUCCAGCAGGUGAUUACAAAGGCUGUUCUUGCAGAGCAGCCCUCCUUGGUUCACGUUCUCCAGUUGCACUGAGGUCUUCUAUGUGAAGGGGGGUGGGAUUCCUGGUAGGAGACUGAAGUUCUCCUCAGGACUGGUCAUGGCAGGGCUAGGAGCCCUUUGGCAGGAGGGUGCUCUGGUUAGCUUUCCAUGUUUUUCAGUUUGAAACAACUGAAGAUUGUGGCCGUCUCCUGCCCGUAGGCCUGUCUGGUAGAGCAUCCACUUAAACACCAGACAGAUGCCGGAAUGGAGCUGGGAGGGCCUUGCUUCCCAGCACUCCCUCCAUCACAGGAGUCUGUUGGCUUUGGGUUUUGUUUUUUGUGGACAUGAAGAGUGGAAUCUGAUGAUUUGUCAAGAGUGGGCCCUGAGCCCCUUCUGCUAUGCAACUGCUGCUCCAGAGACACGGAACGUGCCCUCUUCAGGUCUCCCGUUAAGUUUGGCAGUGGAAGGCAUUUCCCUCUCCGUGUCCCCUGUGCGUGGUGUGUGUGUGUGUGAUCUCCUGGGGCCCCACGUGCACUAACUGUUGGAUCCCAGCUCCUCCUCACAGCCCCUCCAAAGACCCUGGCCCAUGUGCCUUCUGCACUUUCCCUGGGGGACACAGACCCCGCUCCUGUCCUGGUGACACUUGGCUCAGCCCCUGGGGCACCACUGCCUGCAGCAGGGAGUGGGACAGGCCCCACUUGCCAGUCCCCAUGACUAUGGUUCUUAACUGGGUUCUUUCCUACUUGCACAUCUGGUUACUGUGGGACCACAGCUGGGGGCAGGUGUAGGGCAGCCCCCUGCCACUCAGCAGUCCCCAGGCUCGUCCCUGUGCCUCUCUCCUCUUGUGGAAAGCCUGGGCCCCGAAAGUGCUUUAUGUUUUUAUAGUUACUUUGUAUUGAUAUGUAAAUUAGCAAUUUUUGGUCCUUGCCCUGUGGAGUGUGGCUGGAGUCUUAUGUAUAUAAUAAAGUACUUUUGCCAUAA